AUGAUAAAAUUUAUAACAACAAUUGCCAUUAUUUUUGGUAUUUUAAUUUUACCUUGGGCUGACCAAGCACAAUGUUCAGUGGCAGUAUCAUGUGACCUAUUGAAACAAGGUUUAAUGUUUUACAAAGCAAAUAGAGGAGGUCGUCUUCCAGACACCGACGUUCCAUGGAGAAAUAAUUCAGUCUUGAGCGACGCCUAUCCAGCCGGUGCCAAGGAUGCCAAUGGAGAUGGAAAUCUAUCUGGUGGAUACUUUGAUGCUGGUGACGGUAUCAAGGUAACUCUACCAAUGUCCUACUCUAUGACCAUGCUCGCUUGGGGUUUCCUCGAAUCUGAAGCCAAAAUUGAAGCCUGUGGUCUUACCAAUCUCUACCUUGAAACUAUCAAAUGGGGAACUGACUGGUUAAUGGCUGCUCAUGUUUCUGAUAAUGAAUUGGUUUGUCUUGUUGGUGAUCCAAAUGCUGAUCAUUCAUGGUGGGGACCACCAGAACUUAUGACAAUGGAAAGACCAGUCUAUGUAUUGAGUGCAUCCAAACCAGGUACUGAAGUUGCUAUGGAAGUAGCAGCAGCUCUUGCCGCCACCGCUGUCAUUUACAAGGAUCGUGAUGCUGCCUAUGCCGAGUCAUGUCUCAGUCAUGCCAAGUCUGUCUUUACUUUUGGUGAAAACAACUUGGGUGUCUACUCUGAAUCCUAUCCAAUCAUCAAUGCAUUCUACAAGUCGUGGUCUGGAUACAAAGACGAAAUGGUUUGGGCCGCCGCCUGGAUGUACAAGGCCACCGGUGACGAAUCCUAUUUAACCAAGGCAAAGGAAUGGUACACUACCAAUGGAAUCGCAACUAUGGGUGCUGGAACCACCAUGUCAUGGGAUAACAAGGCUCCAGGUACCAUGGUACUCAUGUCCAAGAUCACCAAUGACACUUCCUAUGCCAAGGACGCUGCCACUUUCCUCGACGGCUGGAUGCCUGGAGGUUCUGUUCCAUACACUCCCGGAGGUCUUGCUUGGUUGAUGGAAUGGGGUCCAAACCGUUAUGCGAUCAACACUGCCUUUAUUGCCCAAGCCUUGGGUGACGCAAAGUAUAUCACCGGCUACACUGACAAGCAAUUAGCCUAUGUCUUGGGUGACAAUCCCAACCAACAAUCGUUUGUCGUUGGUGUUGGCAACAAGCAUCCAAUCAAUCCACAUCAUCGUGCCGCCCACGGCUCUACCACCAACAAUAUCAAAGAUCCAGUUAACAAUAUCCAUAUGUUAUACGGUGCUUUGGUUGGUGGUCCCGGAAAGGAUGACGCCUAUACCGACGAUCGUGAAAACUAUAUUACCAAUGAAGUUGCCACCGAUUAUAAUGCCUGUUUCGUUGCCGUAUUGGCUUAUUAUGCUGCAGGUAAUGAAACUACUACACCUACAUCUAGUGAAACUGUGUGUAGUAGUGAAGAAGCUGCAACCGUACCACCAGUGACUCCAGCUUCCAUCAACAAGAUUAUUGCAGGUACCUUUGAUCCAACUGGUUCAUCUUCAGAGGUACCCAUUACCAAUUCUUCAUCUUCCUCUUCUUCAUUUGAAGGAUCUUCUUCUUCAAUUGACAAUUCCUCAUCUUUAAAUGGAUCAUCAUCAUCAAUAGAUUCGUCAUCAUCUUUGAAUGGAAGUAGCAGUGAUAUCUUGCCACCUAGUUUGUCAUCAUCAUCCUCGUUGGAACCAUCAGCCAACAAUUCAUCAUCUUAUUCAUCCAAUGACGAUAAUCCUCAACCAUCGGUUGUAGGUGACGAUAGUUCUGAUGCACUCUCCUUCACCAUAUUGGUGUCUUGGGCCAUCAUUGCUGCUUUUAUGGCUGUCUCUAUUUUUGUACUUUUAUCUUAA